AUGGCCACCAUCGUUGGGAGCCGGCCUGGAGCCACCCAGCAAGAAUCGGCUCCGGCCUCCCACCAGUUCACCUGCAACACCUGCCAGGUUGCCUUCCGCUUCGCCGAUACCCAGAAAGGUCACAUGAAGAGCGACUGGCAUCGCUACAAUCUCAAGCGCAGAGUUGCCUCUCUCCCUCCCAUCUCGUCUGAGGUCUUUACCGAGAAGGUCUUACAAGCCAGAGCUGCCACUACUGCCGAGGCCGACCGGGCCGGGUUCCAGCAGGCUUGCGAAGUUUGCCAGCGGACCUACUACAGCGAGAACUCCUACCGAAACCAUAUCAGCAGUCAGAAGCACAAGGCCAAGGAGGCAGCCGCCGCCAGGGCCGGAGGUGCCGUCGCCGACGAUGCAAGCUCGGUCAUGAGCUCCACUUUCUCCCUCGGCGAGCCUGUGCCUGUUGCUCGAUCCGAGAUUGACUCAGACGCCGAGCAUGAGUUCAGCGAAGUAGUAGAGGGCCUUGAGAAGGCAACUUUGAAAGAACGACCCUCGCCCGUCAAGCGACCCUCGAAUCCAGACCCCACUGCAGAAGGACAGGACACCGUCGAGCAGCCUGUCCUAGGAGAUGUCAGCGAAGCAACGACGACUACAGCAACACCCGUUCCGGCCCCCAAGCUACAAGCUUGCCUGUUCUGCAACUAUGAGUCCCCUUCGGUGGCACUCAAUGUCCUGCAUAUGGAGCGUAUCCACAGCAUGUUCAUCCCCGAGAAGCAAUAUCUUGUGGACUUGGAAGGUCUCCUUACAUUCCUCAACAAGCGCAUUUACGAGUACCUGGAGUGUUUGUACUGCUUCAAGCUCAAGAGCACACCGCUCGCUGUACAGACUCACAUGCGAGACAAGGGCCACUGCAAGAUUCCGUUCACCACCGAAGACGAGCAGCUGGAUAUCGGAGACUACUAUGACUUCAGAUCCACCUAUUCCGACGAGGAGGAUGAUUCGGAAGAUGAGUCCAUGGAUGAAGACAGGCAGACCGGCGGAGCUAAGCUCGGCGCCAAGAGGGCUUCCAAGGCUGUUGGCGAAGACGGGGACGAGAUCAUGGAGGACGAAGGGUGGGAAACCGAUAGCUCAGCCUCCUCGUGCGCGUCAGAAGACCUGAAGGCCAUUCCCAUCGACAACUCUCUUCGCCAAUUCGAGAAGCUUGACAAGCACCCUCACCACUCGUCGCACGACCCUCGCCACCACCACCAGAAGGACGGCUGGCACUCGCAUGCUCACAAGCACAACCGCGCCAUCUUCCAUGAUGACACGGAGCUCCACCUCCCUUCCGGACGAUCCGUUGGCCACCGCUCGCUCCAGAGAUACUGGCGCCAGAACCUGCACAACCACCCUUCACCUGAAGAGCGUGCCGAACGUCUGGCCAUCGAGGCUGCCGGCCCUGUCGAGCCUAUGCAGGUCGAUGGCGACAAUCAAGUUGCCGCCCGCCGCGAGCGCCUCCGCAAGGGUGCUGUCGUGCAGUCCCGCGCCAACGGCGGUACCGGCAUGACCGGAGUGACAGAUCAGAAGAAGAAGGAGGUCACACGCACCGAGCUGCGCAGCCAGAAGGUCGAGCAGCGCGCCCAGCGACAAGAAGAGUGGAAGCUGAACAAGCAGAACAACCACCAGAAGUACUACAACUACCAGAUCUUGUAG